AUGGACCAUGCCAGAGCAGCAAUCUCUAACUGGUUUAACGGCGAGCCAUCCUCGUACACACGCUUCAGCAUUGCCCGGCAAACAGAUGGAGACAACAGCCAUGUGGAGAUGAAUCUGGCUGCUGAUGAUGAGGAAGGAGGGGAAACUGGGAGACCAGAGCAACCACAUGCUAGCAUACCUCCUCCAUGGAGGAGGGGCAAGAACUUCUGCUUCCUAGUCAUCGUGGCAGCCCUCCUCCUUUUGAUUGGGUUUCUGAUCGGCUAUUUGAGUUAUCGUGGACGGAUGCAGAAGGCUAGCAGGUGUCUGGAUGGAAGUGGCAGGUGUGAGAUGACUCCUACUGCAUCUUACUUAGCGGAUGGUGAUGACACUGAGGAAGAAGAGGUUUCUGGACCACCUAUCUUCUACUGGCCUGAUCUCAGAGACCUGUUGUCAUCAAAAGUGUCAGCCAAACGUCUUGAGGACAGCCUGAGGCAGAGAGCAAAUAUGGACUCUGUUGAAGCUGGCAGUACUGAAGAUGAGAACCUUGCCAGCUAUAUUCAUGAGCAGUUCACCAGCCUCCUCUUGGAUGAAGUGUGGAAUGAUGAGCACUACAUUAAGCUGCAGGUCAAGGGCAGUAGUGACAACAAAGUGUCUAUUUGGGAAAAUGAAAGAGAAGAGGAGCUGGAGAGUCCCGUGGCAUAUGUGGCAUACAGCAAGAGUGACUCAGUUGCUGGCAAACCGGUCUACGUGAACUAUGGGCUGAAAGAUGAUUUUCAGUUUAUACGGAACUGGGGUGGUUCGCUGAAUGGAGCUAUAGUCAUCUUCAAAGCUGGAAAAAUAACUCUUGCCGAGAAGGUAAGCGAUCUGCUCCAAAACCUGGCCAAACUUGCUAGCAGGAGCUGUGCUUCCUCCUCUUUGAGACACAGAG